AUGUACUGCCUACGGUGGUGGAUCCCUCUCUUCCUGCUGCCGUUCCCCAAGGCAUCGCCGUUGUUCCUGGUUCUGUUUCUCUUUUCGUUCGCACUGCAUUCACAGCCAUGCAUGUAUUGCGCGCUGAUCCUCACCGGCCUCGUCACGACAUCACCUAACUGGUACGGUCCCAACUCUACCAUUGUUGCUUUGACACAGACGAAUUCAUCAGCAUCGCCAUCGCUGUUCAAUACUUCGGUGCCGCGUCCAAGCUACGGUUGGCUCGAUUUUGGCUUUUCUGGAGGCAACGGCUUCUUCAGUCCACUCUCGAGACCUUGUGAUGGCACGGAUUCUGCUCAGGAUGCAGUUGACACGGCUGCUGCUUCACAGGUAAACAAAAACUUUUACCGUCUCUCGAUACCAUGGUGCGAAUCACAAUUGCAGAUCCCAAAGCGGUUCUUCGUUGGAGUUGGCAAGCAUCAAGGCAUCGGUGUCUGGAUCGACCUAGGGAGUGGGCUGAAAGACGCGGAGCCCUCUGUUGAACCGACGAGGACGCCCACACGUCCACCUGUGGCUGGCGUCGAGAAGCAUACAGAGCUGUAG